UAAAUUUUAAAUUAGCGAAAUGGAAGGAGGCAGUAAAAGAGGAAAAAUUAUUCCUACAAACUUCGGACUGAAAUACAACCCUCCAAAACUAGGCAUCCAAUACUACUUCAAAGAAAAUCCCAAAGCUACCUUUGUGCAUGAAGUAAAGCUCGAAAACGUUCAAAGAAGGAAUUCAGGAGAUCUUUUAGAAGAGUUAUUCACAAAGCAUCCUAAAUUUGUAGAUCCAAACGUAGUCUCCAGGAAUCAAUUAGAGAAUCUAAUGGAAAGGCUGAAGAGCCAUCUCUCGCAUAACUCCCCUCUAAAGAAUAAGGAAAACUUCCAUGAGAAUACUAAUAAAAGCAGCGAGGCUGAUGAUUGGGGCCUUGACAUCAAUUCUGCUCAGAAAGAUGAGCAACUAGUUAAGCCCCAAGAAUUAGAUAAAGAUAUUUUCAGCAGCGAUAAUAAAGGAGAUUUUAAGAAUAAUGACAAAAAUUUCAUGCUAGAUGAUUUCGAAAUGGACAAAGAAGAUGGAAAGAUUAACCCUGGUAAUGACAUGUUUGAUGGGCUCGUGGACGACCUGAGUGAACCCAAAUCUAAACUCCAAGAUACCCCAACUGAAAAUGAUGGCCCACAAAGUGACCUCCAUGCUGAUGAAAAUGAAGAUGAAGAGGACUCGGAUGCUAUUGACAUUGAUAACGAAGAAGAAUUGGCGGCAAGAGGACUCAAGAAAAUCCAAAUAGAAGGAGAAGAGGAAGAAUUCCUCAUGGAUGGAGAAGGAAAUAUAUACAACCUAAAUGGAGACUUCAUCGGUACGACCAACGGAGAUGGUGAAGAAGACGGAGACGCAGACGAAGGCGAAUUCUAAACCCCCCAACACAGUACCCAU